AUGGACGCUCCAGAAGAAGAUCUGAAAUGCCCUGUUUGUGUAGAUGUCUUCACAGACCCUGUAUGCCUCCCAUGCGGGCACAACUUCUGCCAAACCUGCAUCCAAGCGGUCUGGAACAUGGAUGAGCCCAAAACAUCCACAGAAGAGCCGAUUUUCUGUCCAGAAUGUCAGAUCCUGCUUCCUCCAGACCUGGAGCUUCAGAUCAACUCAGAUCUUCAGCGGAAAGUUCAGGAUGUUUUUGCAGAAGCAUCUCCACAGGAAAGAUCACCCUCUAUUAUUAUGUGUGAUCAUUGUAUUGGGAAGACGGAGGUGGCUGUGAAAAGCUGUCUCACCUGUGACGCCUCUCUGUGCUCUGCUCAUACACUCCUGCACCAGCAGAGACAGGCGUUAAGAAGACACUCUCUUAUUGAAGUAACAGUAGACUGGAUUUCCUUUAAGUGUAAGGAGCAUGAGGAGGAGCUCAAACUCUUCUGCCGGGAGGACCAGGUUGCAGUUUGUUGUAUGUGCAUUGCUGCUGGGUCGCAUAAAAACCAUGAAGCUGUUACACUGCAGGAGGCAUGCUUAGAAAACAAGAAGGUGCUGAAGACAAACAGAUCAGUUCUUCUACAGAGGAAACAUUUAACUGAGUCUGCGUUGCAAGAUUUGGAGCCGUUAUUUUCAGAAGUGUCGGUGGGUAUUCAUAAAAAUGCAGACGCAUACAGACUCAAAAUAGCGGAGAAAUACAGCCAAAUAAAAACCCUGAUUGAGGAGGACCAGCAGCUGAUGUUGAACAUUCUGGAUACAGAAGAGUUUUACAGCACCAAGUGGCUGAGAUGGCAGAGGGAGUCACUGGAGGGUCAGGUGGAAUUGCCACUUGUGUCUGUGAAAGAGCAAGAGCACAGCGCUAUGGAAAAGAUGAAGACAGCUGAAAAGCUCAUUGAUAACCUACAGGAAGUUGUCUUUCAGAACACUCAGCGGCUGUGGUCUAGUCUCAGAUCAGUGAGUUUACACCCAGAGACUGCACACCCUGAGUUAGAGGUUUCAGGAGACCAGCUGGAGGUUCACUGGAGUAAGAAAACAACCCCCAAGCGGAGACAGAAAGCAAACAUCUGCUCUCAGUACAGCGUACGGGCCAAAGAGAGAUUCUCCUCCGGCCUCCACUACUGGGAAGUGGCUGUCUGGAGGAAACCCUAUUGGCUGAUUGGUCUGUCAUACGGGCCAGCCCCUGGAGAUCAGGAGUUAGAGCACUGCAGUGGAGACUUUAAUAAUGCGUUCUGCUACAUCUAUCAUGGUAAUGGAAGAUAUCUCAUUAGUCAGGACUCAAAUGAACAGCCACUGGCAGUAAGGAAAACCAUCCACAAACUUGGAGUAAGGGUAGAUGUCCAGAAAGGAGACGUGGCUUUCUAUGAUGCAGAUACUUUGGAUUUGCUCCACUCAUUCUGUGUUGAACUUUUGGCCCCAGUUUAUCCUGUUUUUAAUCCUUGUAUUGACAUAAAUGGCCAAAACAGCCAGCCCCUUGCUGUUGUCCACCUAAAAAACAAAAUUAGUCCUCAAAGCACCUCUUAA